AUGCUAGGACAUCUAAAAGAACAUAUUGCGCAUGGACUUGAAAUUACAUGCCCAUUUCAAGGGUGUACUUCGUCAUUUACAGUUAAGUCGUCAUUCACUUCGCAUCUAAGUAGGCGACAUAAAAGUGUUGAGAACAGGCUUAUUACCCCUGAAUUACUUAUCAACAGCCAGGAAAACCAAAAUAUCAUUUUCGAAAACAAUAAUAGCACUGAUUUUGAGGAAGAUGCACCGUCUGAAGGUGAUGACCAAUCUAUGUCAAGUGGUAAUGGAGAAAUAGAAUCAGACAUAAGUGAUUUAUUCGUCAAAAAUCUAGCAUUAUUUUAUUUGAAAUUGAAUGCUAAAUAUCAUGUACCCUCUAGCACUGUUCAAAAAGUUAUCGAAGAAAUGCAAUCGAUGCACAGCAUAUCUCAAAACUUAUUAAAGCACCGUAUUAAAAGAAAACUGACAGAAUUUUCUGUAGAAAAAGAAGUAGUUGAUGAAGUUGUUCAGGAUUUUAUUUCAAAUGAUAUAUAUAAUUCUGUACAUUGUGAGAAAGGAAUUCUCAGCACUAAUUUCAGACGUAAACAAUUUUUCAAAGACAACUUUAGAUAUGUGGAGCCAGUCACAAUAAAUCUUGGUUUCGAUAAAAACAAGAUUAAAAGGUAUUGUGAAUAUGUGCCAAUAAUUGAAACUAUUCAAGAACUUUUGAAAGAUCCUAGUGUUAAAGCCCAGUUUAAGAAUCCUUGUUCAAGUUCUGACGGUGCAUGUGCUAAGAGAUUUCAUGGAUGGCAGUGUUGCAAAAAAACCCCUCCUUUUCAUAGAACCUGAAAAUGCUAUUAAAUUAAUUCUUUACCAGGACGCUUUUGAAGUAGUAAAUCCUUUAGGGUCAGCCAAACGAAAGCAUAAAAUUCUUGCUGUUUAUGUUAUCUUGGGAAACAUUUUUCCACAAAACAGAUCUAAAAUUGAUCAGAUGCAACUUGUUUUACUCGUUCGGGAAAUUGAUUUUAAGUAUUUUGGCCAAGAAGCGGUGUUUCGUGUGCUGGUGAAUGACCUUAAAAAAAUAGAAAAAAUAGGAGUCCUAGUAGAUGACAAGCGUGUCAAAGGCACUGUUGCCAUGAUUACAGGUGAUAAUCUAGGAAGCCAUUGCAUAGGAGGUUUUGUUGAAAAUUUCAGUAGCUGCAUGUAUGUUUGUAGAUAUUGUCUCUAUAGAACAGAAGAAAUUGAGCAUGGGAAUGUUCUUGACACAUAUUCUACAAGGUCACCAGAAAACUAUCAAAACGAUUUACAUUGUCUUGAGGUUAACCCUGCCCUUAAUAACAUUCGUGGUAUCAAAUUCAACUCAAUUUUUAAUGAGCUCGAGCAUUUUCAUGUGUGCAAUCCAGGUUUACCUCCAUGUUUAGGUCAUGAUUUAUUCGAAGGCGUUGUACAAUAUGAUUUGGCCCUGUUUAUUAAUUUUAUGAUUAAAGUGAAAAAAUGGUUUACUUAUGUCCAGCUAAAUCAUAUUAUUACUAAAUUUAAGUAUAAUGGGUCAGAUUGCAAUAAUAAGCCUAGUACAGUUGCAACCUCGUACCCAGGCUCUUACCUUCGCACGCCCCAAGCUGCGGAAAGACCCUGGUGCCGGCUGGUCACGUGGCUCCCAGAUUUUGGGUGCUAAAAUAAAUUGCUAUUCAGGGAGGGGUGGUAGAAAUGAUUUGUACGUAUUGAAAUUGUUUCUGAAUUUGUAAAAUAGUAAAAUUCUAACUGUACGAGACAAUAAGAAAAGAUUUUUUCUUGACGAAAUGUUAAAACAACAGAUUAAUCAUGUGUUGCAGCCGAAAGAGUAUCAUAUUACUCUCAAGGAUUACAAAUAUCUCAUAUUUCACUGUCACUAUAUCGGCUUAGCAAAAGCACGCCAAAGAAAUUUAACAAAAAGAUCUCCUGGAUCAACUGAAAAUAGUUCUCGUUGUCGAUUAUAUAAUGGUGUACAAGAUCAGAUACAUUGUAAGAAUCUCUUCAACAAAACAAAUUAAAGAAUUUUGAAUAACACGGAGUUGAUUCAUGGCGAGAGACUGCCGCCUGUUGAUGAUUUUCCUUAUUUGAUCUGCCGAUCGAGUGCCGUCCUUGUGAACGACGUUCAAGAGUGUAAUUUCCGAAACACAGAAAUCAUUAGUAAAAGAUUCACGAUCCAAGCGAUGCCCUGAAGUUUUUCUACCGUUGCCAGAUCUUCGGCAAAUGUUGCUGCAGUUGAAAGUCCAAGGCGCAGUUUGGCUUUUACACUGACUUUGUCAAUGUGUCCUCCUCGAGUGAUGAAACUAGAUCUGCUACACCUUUACCCAUGUCAACAGAAGUAAGUCAAUUGUUUAUGAAUAUCAUCUACCAAUAUACUUUACCGCAAUUAAUAAUAUAGUCAUCCGUAUACGUAUGUUAGUAAUCGCCAUUUAAACCCAAAAUGUACAAUCCAAUUGUGAUUUCUCCAUGGAAUAUUUUUUGCGAAUAUUUAUAGAAUGGCAGACGCGCGAAGGCCACUUGAUUUCAGUCGAGAUAUUUGAUCUUGUAUCAGUGAAUUCAAGGGAGACACAACUAUAACAAUACACGAACCGUCCUGAGUAGAUAUCUCAAAUGAUUUCCAUGGAGAAAGAAAAUCGACUUGUUUAUUAAAUAUGAUCCCUUGCAAACAUCAACAAUGGGUCAGAUGAAAAUCAGAGACUUUCCAGAUAAAGCGUUGGCAGGAUACAAAUUAUAAAUAACAUCUUUUGUCGAAUAAAUAAUAUAUGUUUAAGUACAUUUAAGAGUUUGUUAAGGCCCGUUUAUACGGGCAAAUUGAAUGUCAAAGAUAUUUUGUUCGUGUAGAUGAUAAAUUUGUGACAAAUUUAUUGCGACAAAUGCAUUUAAUUUGAACAAAAGCUAGCAAGCUAGCAUGCUAGCUUUUGAUCAAAUGCAUUUGAUCAAAUAAAAUUUGUCAAAAUAAAAUUUGCUCGUGUGCUUUACGACAGUAUUAUUUGAAAGCCCUGUACAGUUGUUUUGAUGCAGGACCCAAGAACACGGAGAUCUGUAUGUUUAAAUUGCAACUCUUGUCGAAGUUUGAACACAACGUUAUCAAUCGUGUAAAACCUGGCGAAAUUGAAUAAAUAAAUAAAUACUUUCUAAACAAAGAACUUGCUUAGUUGGUUCGUCUUCAGUACAGUAUGUUGUUAUGAAAUGCACUAUUUAGAACAACGAAUUCCAAACAAGCAAGAAAUGCAAUGAAACUCGAGCAUCUUCGUUCGAGUUUCCGUUGAAAUUAUCAACUUUGCUUCUAUGGCCUGGCAGCAUGUGAAUGACAAAAAGAACACAAACGCGCGCAUAAUUGUCAAUUUGACAAGAAGUAUUCAAUACAAAUUAGACACUGACAAAUUGCGAUAUAAAGUGCUCUCAAAUUACACUUUUGCAAUUCAAACCAAUACGUCCGCUCCUUGCCAACGAAUUUUACUAUUGGAAAGUGGAAGCAUUGUAAUUUAGAUUUGUCCAUCCCUCCCUUGGUAAAUUAAUAUCCUGGGAGCCACGUGACCAGCCGGCACCAGGGUCUUUCCGCAGCUUGGGGCGUGCGAAGGUAAGAGCCUGGGUACGAGGUUGGUACAGUUGGUGAUCAAGGACAUAAGUUAUAGGUGGUCAUGCGGUUCAGAACUGGUGCUUACUCCGUCUUUUGCCAGUGCUCAUUGCUUUGAAAGUUGGGGAUACCAAUGACCCUGUGUGGCAUGUAACUCUGCUACUCAGAGAAAUUGUUAAACUUGUCUGUGCGCCAGAAAUAAAUGUGGCACAAGUUGCAUACUUAAAAGUUCUUAUCGAAGAGUAUUUGGAUGAAAGAAUAUCCCUUUUUCCUGAGAAGCAAGUGAGACCAAAACAUCAUUUUAUGGCCCAUUACCCAGGGCUAAUUAUGCAAUUCGGACCACUGAUAAGAGUCUGGACACUUAGGUUUGAAAGUAAACAUUCCUACUUUAAACAAUGUGCCCGAAACAGCCAGAAUUUCAUAAACAUAUGUCAUACUUUUGCAGAGCGCCACCAACUUUUCCAGGCAUAUCUCAGCAAUGGUUCUCUUUUUGACGUUGAAGCUAGUCUUGAAAAUGCUAUCCCUUUCAAUGAGGAUCUGUACAAUGAUAGCAUCAAAGAUUCAUUUUUUAGGCAUCAUUGUUCAGUUGAGGAUGUGUUGACUUCUUGCUCUUGCAAUAUUAAUGGUGUUCAGUACAAAAAAGGUCUUUUUGUAGUUGUUGAAAAUAAUGAAUUGUCUCUAAUAUUUGGCAAAAUUGUGAUGCUUUUUCAACAUAAGGACAACUCCAUUUGUAUUUUGGUUCAGAAAACCUCAGCUACUUACAAUUCUAACAGGGGCUUCUACCAGGUUGAACAAAGCAGGGCUGCACCAUUUGUAUGUACCAAAUUUUCAGAGCUCAAAUCAAACUGUUGCUUGCCCUCUUAUAGAGUAAAUCAUGAAGAAGUUAUUGUCCUUCAGCAUGCUAUUGUUACCUAGGUUGACAAAUCUUGAUUCACUGGCUGGAUAUAUCUAACUAAUACGUGCUUUCAAAUUUAAUGAUGCAUUUGUUUUAGCAAGAAGUUGCAUUUUUUAACUUGAACAGUGCACAAGGGUUUCUGUACGGUUAGGCCACAGAAGUACAUUGUGGGUUUCCACAUUUUUCAAUAUGACCUUAACACACAUCACAGCAUCAGUUAUUGUUCCUGUAUGUUGUAAUUUUUCCCUGUUUGUUGUUUAUCUAGCUGAAAGUGCUACUUGUCUACCCACUAGUCUGACUGGCUGCUUGAUAUGGAUGAAGUUAUUAAAUUGAUUCGUCACAUUUUGCCUCAGUUGUCACCAGAAGUGUUAGAAAACACUCAAGAUAAAUUAGUUGAAAUAGGAGUUGGGGAUGUCAUUGAUUUACAACAUCUUGAAGAAAAUGACCUUACUUUAGUUCUUAGACCUAUUCAGAUUCGUAAAUUACUGCAGCACUUCAAAGCAGGUGUGUAUUGAAAUUUAGGAAAUAUGGACUCACCCAUUAUUGCAUUUAAAUCAAUUUUUAUUUUGAGACUGUAUCAAACUUUCAAUUAAUAUUAAUUCUGCUAUUUAUUACUAUAUAUUUCCUGCUGAAUUUCUUCAAACUAAACUAAGCUUCUUUGCAAUAAAAACUCACUGGUGUUUUAUGGAUUACAGCUCACUAUACCUCUUGCGAGAAAAUUCAGCGGAGUUUAAUAGGUUAUCCAGGGCCAAGUACUGCUGUCAUUGUCUAAUAAAUAUGCUUCGAUCUACUUUUACUUUGUUGUUUAGUUAAAAAUCUUAUUUUAGAAUCACUCAGGUCACCUUCCUCUAGCAAGGACAACUCCAUAACGACACCAGCAAAUUUGAAUGAGAGUCUCGGUAGCUCGUCGAGCUCUAGCAGAAGUUCUCCAAUGCUCUUUGGGGACACAGACACGCAAUCUGAUGUAGAUGAUAUUAGCAAAACGAAAUGUACGGCUAAACCUUGCACCUAUUGGAUAAACGAUUACAAGAUCCCUUGGAAUAUGUUUUCGAAGACGCUAUUAGAAGCUUGCACCCGAAAGGCUCGACCAAAACCUCGUGAACGACGUGAAAUGAUCAGAAUCCUUUGCGAUGAUAUAAGAGGAUUUGCAGCAGUUCCUGGAAGAAAGAAUCUGUCACGAAUAGCACAAAUGAUGGUGGCAAAAUACAAAGAUUCAUUCUGUGAUGUUAUUGGCGAUUCUGUGAUUGGUUCUGGACAUGAAUCCUUAUUAAGACAGAUGGAAGAAAGAAUUGCUAAUUUAAACAGAAAAGUUGGUAAACCUGCAGCUAAGUUAAGUAUUUCCAGCGAUGAUGAGGAUUCUGAACCAAAGAGCAAAUCUCGAAAAACGGUUAUUCACGACUCAUAUGGUUGUGUGAAUUGGCAGCCAGAGUCGUUACCUACUGAUGAAACCACGGAAACCCAAGAGUCAAAACAAGAUUGGCUUAUGGAGGAAUUUCGAAAGAAAGAACAGGAUAGAAAGAAGGUUUUGUUGUUCAUGGAGAAUACGUACACUUCACAGCGUUUGGUGAUUAAUAGGAAUAACCCAGAUAGCCCAAUUGGAGAAGUUAAAGAUAAAUGGCCCUUCCUUUUUGAAAAGGAAUGUAUGUUUCUUCAUUUUGAGCAGUUGAUGGGAUUCAAGAUACAAGAUGUCAUGCAAGCGAGUCUAGCGAGUAAAGCUAAAAUCAUAGUGGAAUAUUUGAGACAAAAUCACAUACAGAAAAAGAAGAUUAAGCAAGUGUUGUGGAGAAUCGAAGCUGCUAUGUCGUCGAAGAAAGACCAGCAGCCUGUGAUGAUUGGUGUAUUCUUGCUGCUCUUGGCAUAUUUUGAAGAAAAACAAGAAUUAAUGAUCAGAUCAGAUGUAGAUGUAAGUUUCAAUUGUAACUGUUAUGUAAUGUAUUACGUAUGCACUCCUAUAUAG